AUGAAGACGAUAAAGACGAUAACUUGCUUGUUUGCUGCUAGUCUCUUGCUGGGAUGCUCCGCGAAGAAAAUUCCUUCAUGGACAGACUUGGAUUCAUCGUACAAGCGCAAUACCCGACCCAAUACCAACCUGUGCUUGACGUGCAUUGACAAUAGGAUACACAGUUUGAACUCUAACGCAGCGCACCAAGUGUACGAUCCUUCUCAACGAGCUUGGACAGACUUCUCCAACCAGUUCGAUGGAGUGAGCCCUCGGAGCGGGUUCUAUUACACGCUUACAAGUGCAGGAGAGUCAAUCUACGUGCUGGGAUAUUAUGAUGUCACAGUAUCUCAGCUGGACAACAUGGAGCUCUUUCAGCUCAACAUGGCAACUUUGACGUGGACCAACUACACCAACCAAGUCAACGGAAACAAACCAGCUCCUGCAUAUGGUUACAGCAGUGCAAGGUCGACGACUUGUCAGAAUCGAUUGUUCUAUGUCCGAGAUAUGUCCUUCUAUCAACUUUAUCUCGAAACAUUGCAAUGGCAGCCCACCUAUCACAGUCCGUGGGAGAACUUGAACGUCGACAACAAGGAUUGCCAAAUCAGUGGCACUUGGUUGAAGUUGAAAACAUAUGAGCUUAUUGCGGUCAAAGAUCGACUGUAUAGCAUGAUAAUGGUUUGCAACGACGAAUUCUAUAUUAUGGUAAGCGAUAGCUGUGAUGAGCCCACAAAGUGGAGCAUUUGGUUCAACACAACAGACACCUUGCAAAUCGCGGAGUUCAACUUUGCGUUCCAUGCAAUGGUUCGAUUUGAUAUGAGCUACGAAGAUGCCAUCAGCUUAGUAUCGGGCUCCUUUGAUGCAGUCGAAACGUAUCUGUUCAGCAACUGCGAAGAUGGGACCAUCUAUGCGUAUGGUACAAGUACUUCGGUCUUGCACGUCAUCGAUCCCAUCGCACGGAAACGUGAAGUGAUUUUCAACUCCGGCAAUGCAGCUCCAUCCGAACAAACGAACAUUUACUGGGAUCGAAUAACUGAGUGGCGCCAAAGUGUCGUUCUUCUCGAUGUAUCAAGGGUGUUUAAUACUUGGAACAACAUGUUUCUGGGAGAAGGCACAUCAGACCAAGAGAUAUACAAGUUUGACAUGAACUCCUUGUCCUGGCAAAGCCUCUCCAACAAUCAGACUGUCGAAAUCUUCAAAUUUCUCUUUGUCCUCCAAGACGAAUUGUUUGGAAUGAGCCAUUAUCUCUUUCCAUCGUUAUUCAAAUAUCGAGAGGAAAGUGGAUCGUGGAUGCGAAUAGAAACCUCUCCGUCAGACGCAUCCAUGGUCUCAGACCUGCAGGCCUUAGUGUAUACGUACCUUUACAACCUUUUGGAGUAUGAAUUUGCAACGACAACUACAGAUGCUCUGCUGGUGCUGCAUGCUGAUGCUAUUUCUGAGGAUAUGAACGCGUCUUCUGGAGUUUUCACUUUCAACGUUACAUCAAUGUCUUGGACGAGACAUUCGCUCGCGGACGGCUCGUCGCCUCAGAAAGUCUUCCAUUCUAUCGCUGCUACUGAUCGCUACGUGUAUCAUUUUGGAGGAUUGGCUCCAAACCAUAAUAACGCAAUGUUUUACACCGUCUUUGACAACCCGGGAGUUGACGACUGGCUGUAUCGUUUCGAUCUUCAAGUGAACGUGUGGUCAGUGCUGUCAAAGAAGGCCGAAAACUCUCCUGCCUCUCGCCUCAACCCCGUCAUGAUCGUGCACAAGAAUCAGUUGUACAUAUACGGAGGAGUCGAAACCGGAAUUCAAGAAACUAAAACAUUCAGUGACCUCUACUCGUUUGAUCUUGACACGUUGACCUGGCAGCAACUAUUCGGGAGAGAAGACAGCAUUACCGACAAAACCAUUCUGACAUUGGGCAUGGGAGCAAAUCUUGGUAAGCUAUUCACACUGUCGUCCAACAACGUCAUCUCUUCUCGUGACUUUCCGAGAGAACGAAAGAUCUCCAAGAACAUGAUGCUUGACCUCGCUCUUGCAAACGAUUGGGACACCAGCAUCGUUAGCAACUGCGAGCACAUGGAGACGUGCACAAGCACCAAGUCCUCGAUCGAACUAUGCUCUCGUGCUUGGAUGCCCUGCCACAUCUCCCUCAUCAGCGAGGCCGGCAAGGCUUCAUCCCUGCUCCUGCUUGACAAUGCUAAUGUCAUGUGCGACGGGAGACAAGGAUGUACGGGGAUUCAAGUCAAUGGCGUUGACUUGAUCUGCUCGAGCUCGCGCGACACCUCGGUCGCUCCUCUCCGUCUCGUCGGGCUGGAAGCACACCUCGACCUCAACAAUUCCGCGGUCGUCGGCUGCUCCUCCAACGACGACGGAGGCAGUAUCCAGGUCUACGGAGGUGCAACUGCCGACCUGUUUGGCGUGAGAAUAGUCGGAUCGAGAAGCGGAGGGGCAGGAGGAGCCGUUGUGCUGCAGGGGUCGACGAUGAAUGUUGUCAGUUCGACCUUUGAGGGCUGCGAGGCGAGGGAGGGAGGAGGCGCGAUUCAUAUCAAGUCCCAACCUCUCGACUACUUUCCUACUGUUUUGUCGAGACCCAACUUGUUGAUCCAGUCAAGCAGCUUCUUGCGGAACUCGGGCGGGCAAGGAGGAGCCCUGCACACGGAGAGCUCUGCCACCGCCAUCAUCAGACAUUCUUCCUUUCAAGAAAAUCAUGCUGCGCUCGAUGGGGGAGCCUUGUUCCUGCAAGCGAGCACUGCACGGCUAGAAGGAAACUCGUUUCAAAGGAAUCGAGCGGAAGGAGGAGGAGGAGGAGCAGUGUUCUGGUUGAAGGUGCAACCGGUGCUAGUGUCUGAUUCAGAUGAAGACGACCCGGCAGUUCUCUGUGGUGCCUCGCAUACCAACAACGCCUCCUACGGGUCUUGUGUGGCGUCAGGAUUUUAUCGCCUGCUCCUGCAGAUAGAGGAAGCAACAAUCUUCCCCGGCAUCGCGUUUGAAGUCAAAGCUGCAAAGUUCGACUUCUACGGUCAGCUGAUCAAAACUGACUCCUCCUUGCAAAUCCGCACGGCCACUGCGUCAAGCAGGAGCGGACGUUCGCUGGUCAUGGGGUCAAGUGCGAUGACGCUGCACGAAGGAGUGGGUCAGACCAACGUCACUCUCAAGAUUUACUUUGUGCCAUCCUCCUCCAGCCCCUUCCCAGCUCAGAUAGAGGGGCCGGUAGUGUUGGAGGCGUAUGGGAGCGACGCUGUGUCAGGGGAGGAGAUGGUGUCGUCAGUCGCAGAGGUAUUCGUCUCUCAGGCAGUGUGUCCAGUCGGCUACGUGCUCAAGACCGACAGCUUGAGCUUCCCCUCCUUUGCCACCUGCGACAAGUGCCUCUCUGACUCCUACGCCCUGUACGCGUUCUCUGGGAGCAACUCAAGCAACCCCUCCUGCAUGCGCUGCCCCCACGGGAUUGAAUGCGGAGGAGGUGAGGAGAUCAGGAACAGAGACGGCUUCUGGUUCAACAGAAGUGCCCUCCUCCUCCCUCGCACCAACAAGGAGAUCUCCCUCAAGGCGCAUCGAUGUGCUGAUGGGAACUGCCUGCGGGACUUCAAGUGCAGACAAGGGCAGCAAGGGCGGCUAUGCGCUCUUUGUGUGGCGACAGGAGAUAAGGAUGACUUCUUCUGGGCGUUGAGCAAUGGCAACUGCAAGCGCUGCGACAAAGGGAUGGAGGGAAGAUGCAAAGCAUGGACCAAGACUGGAUUCUUGGGCAUCAUACGUAAAAGUGUGAACAAACAUAGCUCCAAGAUUGGAUACCUCAAGACCUUGAUUGGUUUUGUUCAGAUCUCCUCCAGCCUCAUCUCUGUCUACAACAUCGAAUGGCCUGAUCUGAUCGCACGACUUCUCUCCAACAUUGCAUUCUUCAGUCUUGAUUUCCUUGCUCUCCCUCAAAUAUCCUGCACAGCUUCUGACCUCUCCUUCUCCGACAAGCUCCUUCUGUUCUUCAUCUACCUCAUCUACAUCCCAGUCUCCUCCAUGGUUCUAAGCACAUUUCUCUGUCAAGAUCUCGUGGAGGACGGAGCUUGGCUUGUCCGAGACUUUCGCGUGCCUUGUCCUCGGACGUCAGGGGAUUUCGCGUAUGGCUGGGCCAUCUUCACGACCCUCGUGUAUCCCGUCGGAUUUCCUCUCCUCAUCGUGUACAUCCUCAUACAACUCAAAGUGCCAGCGCUGGUGCGAGCAAAGCAGGAGCACGCCUUUUUCCAAAGUCUGCAGGAGCUGGGGCAUCUUAAGGAGGUCGGGCUGCAGUGGGACAUGGAGAGCAAGAGGCGUGAGUGGCAGGAGAGCUGGGAAACCUCCGUUAUCGACCUGUUGGAUCUGGAUGAAGUGCGAGCUGUGAGCAGAGCGCUAAGGCGCUUGCUGAAGAAACAAGGGCUAAACGCUCUGCUCUUGUUCCAGCACCACAGGGUCGCUCCUGAAGAAAUCUCGCUGGAGGAGGAGAAGGAGGGAAUGACCAUUAUCGAUUUGGCGAACAAAGGUAUCGAGGUAGCUGAGGCCGCAGAGGAAAAGCUUGGAGAGGGAGGAACUGUUGAGGAAUGGGAUGACAAGUCCGAGAGGAGCAGACGCGUGACAGAUUGCAACAAACCCAAGAGAAGCGAGGGGGAGAACGACAAAGGCAACGAUGAAGGAAAUGAUCAGACGCAUGAACUUGGUUCUCGUUGUUUUGCGCGCGAACAGCUGCAGUUGUUGUACACUGAGAUCAUCAGGAGAGAAGUUGUUCCAAUUGCAAAGGUGAGCUGGUACACCAAAGUAGAAGAGGACGAGGACGAGGACGAGGACGAGGACGAGGAGAAGCAAGGCGGGGUGCAAGAGGGGGAGAUAAGGGAAGAAAAGGAGACGGAGAAAGAGGGGCGAGAAGAGGAGGAAACGAAGAUCUGGGUGGAGGACAUAGAGAGCAACGCCAACAACAACGAAUCAGAGAAGCAGAAAAAUGCAACAGAAGUAAGACAGGACAUGCAUCAGGAGAUGCUGGCAAACGUUGAAAAAGGGGAUGUAGAAAGCGAAGUAGUAGAAGCAGCAGGACCGGCAGCAGGAGCAGGAGCAGGAGCAGGAGCGGAAGAAGGAGAAGGAGCAGGAGCGGAGGAAGGAGAGGGGAAAGGAGAAGGAAAACAGGGAGCAGAAGGAGCAGCAACAGCAGAAGGAGCAGGAUCAGCAAGAGAAAAAGGAGACAAAACAGGAGAAGAAGACACCAACAUGUUGAAAUCGGAGAAGUAUGCACUUAGCAUCGCUGGGUUUCUCUUCUCCAUGUACGAAGUGAACUUCUGGUGGUUUGAAGUCUUCGAGCUCGUCCGGAGGUUCUUCACGUGCAUCUUUAUCAGUUUCUGCUUCACUGGCACAAUCUUUCAGAUCUCCGUUGGGCUCAUGCUGCUGUUCCUCUCCCUAGCCGCCCACAGUUACCUCAAGCCCUUUCAAGACCCGUCGCUGGACCACAUGAUGUUCUUUGCGCUCAUUGCCAACUUCGCCACCUUGCUCUAUGGCAACAGCAUCAAACUGCUCACUGUCGAGGAGCUGCGAGAAGAUUCAACUUCCUACGAGCUAGACAUCGUACAGGCUCUCCUCGUUCUCGCCAACAUCUUCAUCCUUGUCUUCCCUAUCAUCCAGACGCUCUCCGACACGAUCGGCGAGAGCGCAUGGCAAAUGGCAAGGCGCUGCAACAGGCAGCUGGUGAAGUUUGUUGACGAUCGGUGGCGCAAGGCUCGUCGCAGUGAUGACAAGAAUGCAGCAGAGGUGAAGAAAGAGGGCGACGACAUGGCUUGA